GGCGUCUGCACUGUGGGCAGCGGCCGGGACGCGGGGAGGCGGGAAGCGUGGGCCUUUCCCCGGCGUGCUUCUUAGGAAGUCUGCAUUGGCAGCUCCGGGCACUCCUGGCCACUCACCUGGAAGCUGGAACUUGGCGGCUGUGAGAUAAGAUGAAGACCGUGCUCAUGGUGGCCGAAAAGCCAUCCUUGGCCCAGUCUAUUGCCAAAAUCCUCUCUCGAGGGACCAUGUCUUCACACAAAGGGCUGAACGGGGCCUGCUCUGUCCAUGAGUACACUGGGACCUUCGCCGGCCAGCCCGUCCACUUUAAGAUGACGUCCGUCUGUGGUCAUGUGAUGACCCUAGAUUUCCUGGGAAAGUACAACAAGUGGGACAAAGUGGACCCUGCCGAGCUGUUCAGCCAGGCGCCCACAGAGAAGAAGGAAGCCAACCCCAAGCUGAACAUGGUGAAGUUCCUGCAGGUGGAGGCUCGGGGCUGUGACUACAUUGUGCUGUGGCUGGACUGUGACAAAGAGGGCGAGAACAUCUGCUUUGAGGUGCUGGACGCCGUGCUGCCCGUCAUGAACAAAGCCCACAGCGGGGAGAAGACGGUGUUCCGGGCCCAGUUCAGCUCCAUCACCGACACAGACAUCUGCCAUGCCAUGGCCCACCUGGGCUCGCCCGACCACAAUGAGGCACUCUCGGUGGACGCCCGCCAGGAGCUGGACCUACGCAUUGGCUGUGCCUUCACCAGGUUCCAGACCAAGUACUUCCAGGGCAAGUAUGGCGAUUUGGACAGCUCCCUCAUCUCCUUCGGACCGUGUCAGACCCCCACUCUGGGCUUCUGUGUGGAGAGACAUGAUAAAAUCCAGUCCUUCACUCCAGAGACCUACUGGGUGCUGCAGGCCAAGGUGAAUGCCGACGAGAACCGGACGCUGCUGCUGGACUGGGAUCGGGUGCGCGUCUUCGACAGGGAAAUCGCACAGAUGUUCUUGAACAUGACAAAACUGGAGAAGGAAGCCCAGGUUGAGGCCACCAGUAAGAAGGAGAAGGCCAAGCAGAGGCCUCUGGCCUUGAACACGGUGGAGAUGCUGCGGGUGGCCAGCUCCUCUCUGGGGAUGGGGCCGCAGCAUGCCAUGCAGACCGCCGAGCGCCUCUACACACAGGGCUACAUCAGCUACCCCCGCACAGAGACCACCCACUACCCCGAGAACUUUGACCUGAAGGGACCACUGCGGCAGCAGUCCAACCACCCUUACUGGGCUGACACGGUGAAGCAGCUGUUGGUAGAAGGGAUCAACCGCCCGAGGAAAGGCCAUGAUGCUGGCGACCACCCCCCCAUCACCCCCAUGAAGGCGGCCACGGAAGUAGAACUGGGGGGCGACGCCUGGCGGCUGUACGAGUACAUCACGCGGCACUUCAUCGCCACCGUGAGCUACGACUGCAGGUACUUGCAGAGCACCAUCGCCUUCCGCCUCGGGCCCGAGCACUUCACCUGCUCCGGGAAGACUGUGCUCUCUCCAGGCUUCACAGCGAUAAUGCCCUGGCAGAGCGUGCCCCUGGAGGAGAGCCUGCCCACCUGCCAGUGUGGGGACACCUUCCCCGUGAGCGAGGUGAAGCUGCUGGAGAAGCAGACCAGCCCGCCGGACUACCUGACGGAGGCCGAGCUCAUCACCCUCAUGGAGAAGCAUGGCAUCGGGACGGACGCCAGCAUCCCCGUGCACAUCAACAACAUCUGCCAGCGGAACUACGUCACCGUGGAGAGCGGGCGCCGGCUCAAGCCCACCAACCUGGGCAUCGUCCUCGUGCAUGGCUACUACAAGAUCGACGUGGAGCUGGUGCAGCCCACCAUCCGCAGCGCCGUGGAGAAGCAGCUGAACCUGAUCGCCCAGGGUCGAGCCGACUACCGCCAGGUGCUGGGCCACACGCUAGACGUCUUCAAGAGGAAGUUCCACUACUUCGUCGACUCCAUUGCAGGCAUGGACGAGUUGAUGGAAGUGUCCUUUUCUCCGCUGGCUGCCACGGGCAAGCCCCUCUCUCGCUGCGGGAAGUGCCACCGCUUCAUGAAGUACAUACAGGCCAAGCCGAGCCGGCUGCACUGUUCCCACUGCGAUGAGACCUACACGCUGCCCCCGAACGGCACCAUCAAGCUCUACAAGGAGCUGCGCUGCCCUCUCGACGACUUCGAGCUGGUCCUGUGGUCCUCCGGCUCCAGGGGCAAGAGCUACCCGCUCUGCCCCUACUGCUACAACCACCCGCCCUUCCGGGACAUGAAGAAAGGCAUGGGCUGCAACGAAUGCACGCACCCCACCUGCCAGCACUCGCUGAGCAUGCUGGGCGUGGGCCAGUGUGUGGAGUGCGAGAGCGGCGUGCUGGUUCUGGACCCCACCUCGGGCCCCAAGUGGAAGAUGGCCUGCAACAGGUGCAACGUGGUGGCCCACUGCUUCGAGAACGCCCACCGGGUGCGCGUGGCUGCGGACACCUGCGGCGUCUGCGAGGCCGCCCUGCUCGACGUGGACUUCAACAAGGCCAAGUCCCCCCUGCCGAGUGGCGAGACCCAGCACACAGGCUGCGUCUUCUGUGACCCUGUCUUCCAGGAGCUGGUCGAGCUGAAGCACGCAGCUUCCUGUCACCCCAUGCACCGCGGGGGACCCGGCCGAAGGCAGGGCCGAGGGCGGGGCCGAGGCCGGAGACCCCUGGGGAAGCCUGGUCCCCGGCGGCCUAAGGACAAGAUGUCAGCACUGGCCGCCUACUUUGUCUGAGGGCUCGUGGCCCCACAUGGGACAGCCGCCUGGCCAUGGUGUCCUCCACAAAGAACCCAUUAAAACAUGUCUUUCCAGAGCAAAA